AUCGGAGGAUCUUAUAGCAGCGUUUCCAUACAGGUUGCAAACUUGCUCCGGCUCUUCCAGAUUCCUCAGAUCAGCUACGCCUCCACCAGUGCCAAGCUCAGUGAUAAGACCCGGUACGACUACUUUGCAAGGACGGUGCCUCCAGACUUCUAUCAAGCCAAGGCCAUGGCUGAGAUUCUGCGCUUCUUUAACUGGACGUACGUGUCCACGGUUGCCUCGGAAGGAGACUAUGGAGAAACAGGGAUCGAAGCCUUUGAACAAGAAGCCCGGCUAAGGAACAUCUGCAUCGCCACCUCUGAGAAGGUCGGCCGAUCCAACAUUCGAAAGUCCUACGACAGCGUCAUUAGAGAACUCCUCCAGAAGCCCAACGCAAAAGUGGUCGUCUUGUUCAUGCGCAGCGAUGACUCUCGGGAACUCAUCGCUGCAGCCAACCGGUUCAAUGUCUCCUUUACCUGGGUGGCCAGUGACGGCUGGGGAGCCCAGGAGAGUGUGGUCAAGGGCAACGAACACGUUGCCAAUGGGGCCAUCACUUUAGAGCUUGCUUCCCACCCAAUCAAAGAGUUUGAUAGAUACUUCCAGAGUCUCACCCCCUAUACUAACCAUCGCGAUCCCUGGUUUAAGGAUUUCUGGGAGCAGAAAUUCCAGUGCAGCCUUCAGAACAGGAAAACCCACAAAAAAGCUUGUGACAAGCAUCUGUCUAUUAACAGUUCCAAUUACGAACAAGAAUCCAAGAUCAUGUUCGUGGUAAACGCGGUGUAUGUCAUGGCCCACGCCUUGCAUAAAAUGCAGCGGACAAUGUGUCCAAACACUACCAAGCUCUGCGACAGCAUGAGGCAUUUGGAUGGCAAGAAGCUCUACAAAGACUAUUUGCUCAAAGUCAACUUUACAG